AAGAACUUAAUAAGAUUGAAUUUUACAAAAAAACAUUUGAGUUAAAAAUUCCUUUGACAAUAAUUGCAGAAAUCUAUUACAUUGUCUUUGUUACAGACACAUCAAAAGCUGUCAUUGAUUCUGAUCGAGAUAAUAAUCAAGCUGCUAUAAUGAUCAAUAUAUGUUCACGCAAAAGCGCUGAUAUUUUUCUUAAUAAUGUGACUCUAAGUCAUGCUUUUGGAAAGCUUAACUUCAGUUGGCAAUUAAGUGCAGACGAUGAAUUGAAAGCACAGAAAUGUGAUACUUUUUAUUUAUUAACAGACAAAACAUUUGAUUUCAAUGAUAUGGAAUUAACUUUGCCAAAUGGAUUUUGUCAAGCGUUUGAAAUAAAACAAAUAUCAUCAAAUACAUUAACAAGUAUUCAUUUUCAAAAAGAUAUUGAAAUACCAUUUGUACCUGAUGGAUCAUAUUAUGGAUUGGUACGCACUUUAACCAACGUUCAAGAGUCAAAUUUGGAAAAUAAUGUUGGUAUAAGCACGGAGAACUUAACUAUUCAAGUGGAAGAAUUAGAAAUGAAUAAAGAAAAACGUAUAAAUGUCAAACCAAAUGACAAAUUAUUAUUCAAAAUAAGACCAGACACAAGUGUUAAUGCAUAUAAAAUUGAGUUUAAAACGACUUCAAAAACUGCAUACAAUGAUAUAUUUGUUAAUGUGAACAAAAUACCAACUGAAAACUCGUUCCUUGCAAAAUCACGUUAUUCAUUCUCAUUUUCACAGUUCUCUAUAGUGAGAAAUGUUAGACCAGAAAACUAUUACAUUAUGGUUAAGUCUUAUUUAUCGAUGUCGAAUGAUGAUUACGAAGCAAUUAUAGUAGCAAAAGAAGUGACAGAUAUUGAUAUUGAUACAAUAGAACCAUUAAAACUAAGCUGUCUUGGUAAAAAUACAAUCAAGAUUAGCGGAAAUUUUGUUCCGCAAAAAUUAGAGGUUUGUUUGACAAAAACAACAGAACGAAAAGAUUUUACUUGCGCAAUGAAAGUUUUCAAAGUUAACAUUGAUUACCUUUUUGCAACAUUCGAUUUAUUAAAUACUAAUUUCCAAAACGGAGAUAUUGUGAAUGUAGUGGUAAAUAAUAAAACAUCACAACAAAAUGUUGAAAUUAUAAGCGGUGUUAGAGGAAAAGCACAAUUAACUGUAGAUGUCUCACGUUCAAUUUUUCGUCCGAAUGAAACAGUACACAUAGACAUUACUGUGAGAAAUAAUGGGGACACAGAUGUUUACAUCCCAAUAAUAUUCAUUUCAACAGUGCGUAUUUUUUAUCCUACAAAAAUUUCGUUUGCUUCGUUGGAUUCAAAAUCAAAAGGUAACCAAGUUACCGUUAGUGAGGAUGAGCCCGAUUAUAAAAUAAUUAGUAUAAACGAUGAGUUAUAUCCUCCAUUGUUAUAUGAUUAUUUAUUAACUUAUAAUUCUGACGGAUUAGGCGCCAUAAUUCAGCCAAGAUCUUAUACAAUCCUUCGAUUUAAAAUUAGACCGAUAAAAUCAGACUUUAUUGGUUCAAGAAAGUUUACAGUUCUUACAUAUAAUGAAACAUUUUUUUCUAAAUUUAUCGAAAAUAAUAUAGACAAUUAUAAAUCAAAUAUUUACUCUAAUUCAAACUGGAAUUAUUUGGCAGCAAAACUAAUAUUAAAAGCAAAAUUAAAAACAAACGAACUUUUAUAUGAAACAGUAAAUGAACUAUCAGCAAAUGGUGUCCAAUUUUAUCGUUUAGAUCAACUUUUAUAUUAUCAUAUUAAUCGUCUAGAUGGAGCAUUUUUUAUAGGCAAUAUAUUGGAUAUAUUGGAAUUUGAAAUUAUUCCUAACGAAUUAGUUUAUUCUCGCUCCUAUCCUCAUCGAUUUUCAUUAAGAAACACAAAAAAUAUUCCAUUUGGUUUAGGAUGGAGUGACAAUUUAAAUUUAAAACUGAUUAAAAAUGAAAAUUUAGAUACGUUUACAAUAAAAUUUUCUGGUAAUGAACAUUUAAUUGAGUUUAAAAAUAGUCCUCGAUCUUAUUUUUCUGACUUAUUUGACAUUGACUACAAUUCCACUGUAAAAAAAGCAACAAUAAUGUCAAAGACAAAUAAUUUAAUAUAUGAAUAUGAUCUGAGUAUAGAUUGUCUUACUCAAAUAAUUAUGAAUGACAAAUUAUUCGAUAUUAAAUGUCAAAAUGUCAAUGGAGAACUUGCAAAAACAGUAUAUUAUGAUCGAAAUUCAAAUGAAAUUGUUGAAACUGAUGUACAUGGUGGAAUAUUACGACAAAAAACAUUGAUGAAAAAUUCUACUCAUCAACAAAAUGAAUAUACAGAUCGUUUAGGAAAUAAAUUUCAAUCAUUAACUAUAGAAACCGAUAAUUUGAUAAUUGAAGAAC